AUGAUCGGUAGCGAUUAUCGGAUCCCUGCCGGUGCUCCGCCUUCUCUCCUCAACCGUUUUCUCACUUCCCCCAGACCGGAGAUCUGGGGACUCACCAUGUUGCUCGGAUGGCUGGUCCUUACACUCGCCCAGUUUGUCUGGGCUAACCAAGAUGAGCGAUGUGUGACGGCAGUCUUCUCGGCGUAUAACUACAUCAGCUUUGCCGGAUUUCCCACAAAGGGCAUGUGGGAUACUCGAUGUCGAAAUCCCCUUGAAGUUACAUCCAUUUACGCCGCCACGGAAAUUUAUUGUGAUGAAAUAGAACGUGCGACAGGCCUGGCUCUGCUGGCUGUUGAGUGUCAGGAAUUUGGCCACCAGGAUCUUCUGCCAAGAGAUGCAGUCGCCGAGAAUUUGACCGAUGAUGCCAUUCGAAAUAUGAGGAAAGUGGAUUAUCAAGAGCUAUCUAGAGCUCAGCCCAUGGACGCGCCCGUUGUUAUCUCUCAAUCCUACUUUGACUUGAUGUUCAACACCAUCAGCUCCUGGGAAUCUGUGACUUGGUUACAUCAUGCCUUUAGUUAUGCCGGAUACGCGUACUGGGGCGGUAUACUCUCUCUCGGAAUGGCAUUUCGGUUAUGUGAUUGGAAAUUUCACCGGCGACAACGUCAGACAGAACGUGCGAUCGAAGCCAACGUAUACCCGUUCCUGAGGACACUGGGAAAUACGCCACUAUUGGGAACAGUGCUUCAUUGGCUCCACACUCAUAUCAUGAUUCCGGCGCCGCUAGCGACACGUGGUCGACACCUGUUAGGUUGCACAUUCUCGACCAGAGCCGAAGCACUUGUAGUAUUGGGAUUCUGGGUUCUCAGUAUUAUUUUCAGCAUAGUGGGUUACCACACGUUUGCUGGAAAUAUUUAUUAUCCAGAUAUCCCAAGCCAGAUUUUGCGGUAUUCUGCGGACCGUACAGGAAUAAUGUCGUUUGCAAACUUUCCCCUUUUGUGGCUCUUCGCUGGUCGAAAUAACAUCUUCUUAUGGGCCACUGGGUGGAGCUUCGCAUCCUUCAAUAUCUUUCAUCGCCAUGUGGCUCGAGUGGCUACCUUACAGGCAAUAGUGCACUCUGUUCUCUAUAUAGUCAUGUUCUUUCAAACGGGAAAAGCCUGGAGGGGAAUCACCAAGACCUACGUGUUGUGGGGUGUUUUGGGCACCAUUGUCAUGAUCAUUCUGCUGAUCACCUCAUUGGAUCGGAUCCGUAUCGCAACGUAUGAAUCAUUUUUGAUUGCUCAUAUCGUGCUCUCGAUAAUUACACUCGUGGGAUGCUUUUAUCAUACGGUGAUUUUUGAAGGGAAUGAAUACUGGAAAUACCUAUGGCCUUCGGUAAUUAUAUGGGUGAUUGAUCGCUUGUUGCGAAUCGUGCGGUUGUGUUACUGUAACAUACAUGUGAGCCUUUCACAUAAAAGUCUGGUCAAGACCACUGCGACACGCAUGACAUAUGACGAAGGAGCUGAUGUGGUGCGUAUGGAGGUCAUUCCUGGAACGUCUUCGCUACACCCUUCACCAGGACAGUAUUACUUCUUGUACCAGCCAUUCAGGCUCACUGGUUGGGAAAGCCACCCUUUUACUAUCGGAGCAUGGUCUUAUGAAACAGGAGACCAGUCCUCGCUUGCACCGACAUCAUUGGGUCAACUAGGAAAACCGCCCGAUGUAUCGCAUCUGCCGCUUCUUUCAGGUUCAUCCUCUGAUCAAGAUUCUCUUACUAUCCUGCGGGAUGCAUCUCCCGCGGAAAAAGAACAGCAGAUGCUCAAGUUGAUAUUCUGGGUUCGUCCUUACGACGGCUGGACUCGAAAUUUGCGCCAGCAAUGCCUAAGGUCCCCAUCUACGAAGAUAGAAGCCGGUAUUCUCCUUGAAGGACCUUAUGGUGACACAUUCCCUAUCUGGAGAUAUGAAUCAGUGUUGAUGAUCGUCGGUGGAACGGGCAUUGCCUCGGCUGUUCCUUACAUUCAGGAUCAUCUCCGCCGCUCGGUUCAGGACUGGGAACGGGAUUCCCAGAACGAGAAAACCCGAGUUCGAGACAUUGAACUUGUUUGGACCGCGAGACAAACGGCGUUCAUUCGAGAUGUUUCUCGUCGAGAAUUGAAAUCUGCCUUUGACCGUGACGAUUUUAGUGCCUCGUUUUACACGACUCGUGAUUCUACGGCUUGCACCGAAAAUUUGAACGAACCUGGAAUUAACAUUCAACCAGGGCGACCUCACCUGCAAUCUCUGGUUAUGAGCCGGGCUGCUGAUGCAUGCUCAGCUGGCUCCAGCCUCGCGAUCCUCGUAUGUGGCCCACCAGGAAUGGCGGAUGAAGCUCGCGCUGCGACACAUCUCGCAAUGCGACGAGGCUAUCGAUCCAUUAAAUUUGUGGAGGAGUCAUUUACAUGGUAG